AUGGAAGUUUACUAUCACUUCUGCCGUCUAGUAGCAGAAGUUGUCACCUUGGAAGUCAUGGCAAAAAGAAAAAAAAAAGAAAAAAGAAAAUACUGUGAUAUUGGGUAUCCAACUCACAUAGAGACGCGAAGUCCCAAUCAGCAGUUGUGUGAUCCUGGUGAAUUUCUUUGCCACGAUCAUGUGACUUGUGUCUCCCAGAGAUGGCUGUGUGAUGGGGACCCUGACUGCCCUGAUGAUUCAGACGAGUCUUUAGAUACCUGUCCUGAGGAGGUAGAAAUCAAGUGCCCCUUGAAUCACAUUGCUUGCCUUGGUACCAACAAAUGUGUUCAUUUAUCCCAGCUGUGCAAUGGUGUCUUGGACUGCCCAGACGGGUAUGACGAAGGAGUACAUUGUCAGGAACUGUUAUCCAAUUGCCAACAGUUGAAUUGUCAGUAUAAAUGUACAAUGGUCAGAAAUAGUACAAGAUGUUACUGUGAGGAUGGAUUCGAAAUAAAAGAAGAUGGGAGAAACUGUAAAGAUCAAGAUGAAUGUGCUGUUUAUGGUACAUGCAGCCAGACCUGCAGAAAUACACAUGGAUCCUACACUUGCAGUUGUGUGGAAGGCUACCUAAUGCAGUCAGACAACAGGUCUUGCAAAGCUAAAAUUGAACCUACAGAUAGACCACCUAUACUAUUAAUCACAAAUUUUGCAACAAUUGAAAUUUUCUAUCUUAAUGGAAGUAAAAUGGCAACUCUAAGCUCAGUCAAUGGAAAUGAAAUUCAUGCUCUGGAUUUUAUUUAUAAUGAAGACAUGAUUUGUUGGAUUGAAUCAAGAGAAUCUUCAAAUCAACUCAAAUGUAUGCAGAUAACAAAAGCAGGAGGAUUAACAGAUGAAUGGACAAUCAAUAUUCUUCAUUCCUUCCACAAUGUUCAACAAAUGGCGAUUGACUGGCUCACCCGAAAUCUCUAUUUUGUGGACCACGUCAGUGACCGGAUCUUUGUAUGUAAUUACAACGGUUCUGUAUGUAUCACCCUGAUUGAUCUGGAGCUUCACAAUCCUAAAGCAAUAGCAGUAGAUCCAGUAGCAGGAAAACUUUUCUUUACUGACUACGGGAAUGUCGCCAAAGUGGAGAGAUGUGACAUGGAUGGGAUGAACAGAACAAGGAUAAUUGAUUCAAAGACAGAGCAGCCAGCUGCACUGGCACUAGACCUAGUCAACAAAUUGGUUUACUGGGUAGAUCUGUACUUGGACUAUGUGGGAGUAGUGGACUAUCAAGGAAAAAAUAGACAUGCUAUCAUUCAAGGCAGACAAGUCAGACAUCUUUAUGGUAUAACUGUGUUCGAAGAUUAUUUGUAUGCGACCAAUUCUGAUAACUACAAUAUCAUAAGGAUAAACCGAUUUAAUGGCACUGAUAUUCACUCAUUAAUUAACAUGGAGAAUGCUCGGGGAAUCCGAAUUUAUCAGAAAAGAACUCAACCGACAGUCAGAAGCCAUGCAUGUGAAGUCGAUCCAUAUGGAAUGCCAGGGGGCUGUUCACACAUCUGUCUACUCAGCAGCAGUUACAAAACUCGGACCUGUCGCUGCAGGACUGGCUUCAACUUGGGAAGCGAUGGCAGGUCAUGCAAAAGACCAAAGAAUGAGUUGUUCCUCUUUUAUGGGAAAGGACGCCCAGGAAUUGUUAGAGGAAUGGACUUGAAUACCAAGAUAGCUGAUGAAUACAUGAUCCCCAUAGAAAAUCUGGUAAACCCUCGUGCUUUAGAUUUUCAUGCAGAAACCAAUUACAUCUACUUUGCUGACACCACCAGUUUCCUAAUUGGCCGGCAGAAGAUAGAUGGCACAGAACGAGAAACCAUCCUGAAAGAUGAUCUGGAUAAUGUAGAGGGCAUUGCUGUGGACUGGAUUGGAAAUAAUCUUUACUGGACCAACGAUGGCCAUAGGAAAACCAUUAAUGUGGCCAGGCUGGAAAAAGCUUCUCAGAGUCGGAAGACUCUUUUAGAGGGUGAAAUGUCUCAUCCCAGAGGAAUUGUGGUGGAUCCAAUUAAUGGUUGGAUGUAUUGGACAGACUGGGAGGAAGAUGAAAUAGAUGACAGCGUGGGAAGGAUUGAGAAGGCCUGGAUGGAUGGAUUCAAUCGGCAGAUUUUUGUGACUUCAAAGAUGCUGUGGCCAAAUGGUUUAACUCUGGACUUUCACACCAGCACAUUAUACUGGUGUGAUGCCUAUUACGAUCAUAUUGAAAAAGUGUUUUUGAAUGGAACUCACAGGAAGAUUGUUUACAGUGGGAGAGAACUGAACCACCCUUUUGGACUGUCGCAUCAUGGAAAUUAUGUGUUCUGGACAGAUUAUAUGAAUGGUUCCAUUUUUCAACUCGAUUUGAUAACGAGUGAGGUGACAUUGCUGAGGCAUGAAAGACCACCCCUAUUUGGGCUUCAGAUUUAUGAUCCACGAAAGCAACAAGGUGACAAUAUGUGCCGAGUAAAUAAUGGGGGCUGUAGUACGCUUUGCUUGGCUAUCCCAGGAGGCCGGGUGUGUGCUUGUGCUGAUAAUCAACUUUUGGAUGAAAAUGGGACAACUUGCACAUUUAACCCUGGAGAAGCACUACCUCGCAUAUGUAAAGCUGGAGAAUUUCGCUGCAAAAACAGACACUGUAUCCAAGCUCGGUGGAAAUGUGAUGGCGACGAUGAUUGCCUAGACGGAAGCGAUGAGGACUCAGUAAACUGUUUCAAUCAUAGCUGUCCUGAUGAUCAGUUUAAAUGCCUGAAUAAUCGCUGCAUCCCCAAGAGAUGGCUUUGUGAUGGAGCUAAUGACUGUGGGAGCAAUGAAGAUGAAUCCAAUCAAACUUGUGCAGCCAGAACAUGCCAGGUAGACCAGUUUUCUUGCGGAAAUGGGCGUUGCAUUCCCAGAGCAUGGCUGUGUGACAGGGAAGACGACUGUGGUGACCAGACAGAUGAAAUGGCAUCUUGUGAAUUCCCAACUUGUGAGCCACUAACACAAUUUGUAUGCAAAAGUGGAAGAUGCAUUAGCAGCAAAUGGCACUGCGACUCUGAUGACGACUGUGGGGACGGGAGUGAUGAGGUGGGCUGUGUUCACUCUUGCUUUGAUAAUCAGUUCAGAUGUUCCAGUGGCAGAUGCAUCCCAGGCCACUGGGCCUGUGAUGGUGACAAUGACUGUGGCGACUUCAGUGAUGAAGCCCAGAUCAAUUGUACCAAAGAAGAGAUUCAUUCUCCUGCUGGUUGUAAUGGAAAUGAAUUUCAAUGCCACCCUGAUGGUAACUGCAUUCCUGAUCUGUGGCGCUGUGAUGGAGAAAAAGAUUGUGAAGAUGGUAGUGAUGAAAAAGCUUGCAAUGGUACCAUGCGAUUGUGUGACCACAAAACCAAGUUUUCCUGUUGGAGUACAGGGAGAUGCAUCAACAAAGCAUGGGUGUGUGAUGGAGACAUUGAUUGUGAAGAUCAGUCAGAUGAAGAUGACUGUGACAGUUUCUUGUGUGGACCACCCAAAUAUCCUUGUGCUAAUGAUACCUCAGUCUGCCUGCAGCCAGAGAAACUCUGCAAUGGGAAAAAGGAUUGUCCUGAUGGCUCUGAUGAAGGCGAUCUCUGUGAUGAAUGUUCGCUGAACAAUGGGGGCUGUAGCAACCACUGUUCUGUUGUUCCUGGAAGAGGAAUUGUCUGUUCCUGCCCUGAAGGACUUCAACUCAACAAAGACAAUAAAACAUGUGAAAUUGUGGAUUACUGUAGCAACCAUCUAAAGUGCAGCCAAGUGUGUGAGCAGCACAAGCACACAGUUAAGUGCUCAUGUUAUGAAGGUUGGAAGCUGGAUGUAGAUGGUGAAAGUUGUACAAGUGUUGAUCCUUUUGAAGCAUUCAUCAUCUUUUCUAUUCGUCAUGAGAUUAGAAGGAUUGAUCUUCACAAAAGAGACUAUAGUCUACUUGUUCCUGGAUUGAGAAACACAAUAGCACUUGAUUUUCACUUCAAUCAAAGUUUACUUUAUUGGACAGAUGUUGUAGAAGACAGAAUAUACCGGGGAAAGCUUUCUGAAAGUGGAGGUGUCAGUGCCAUUGAAGUGGUUGUCGAACAUGGCCUGGCUACUCCAGAAGGCCUGACAGUCGACUGGAUAGCAGGAAACAUAUACUGGAUAGACAGCAAUCUGGACCAAAUCGAGGUGGCUAAGCUAGAUGGCUCCCUAAGAACUACACUAAUAGCAGGAGCCAUGGAACACCCCAGGGCCAUUGCUUUGGACCCAAGAUAUGGAAUUCUUUUCUGGACAGACUGGGAUGCAAAUUUUCCUCGCAUUGAAUCUGCCUCUAUGAGUGGUGCUGCAAGAAAAACCAUCUACAAAGACAUGAAAACUGGGGCUUGGCCUAAUGGACUAACUGUGGACCACUUUGAGAAAAGGAUAGUGUGGACAGAUGCCAGGUCAGAUGCUAUUUAUUCAGCCCUCUAUGAUGGAACAAACAUGAUAGAAAUCAUCCGAGGUCAUGAAUACCUUUCCCAUCCCUUUGCUGUGUCUCUAUAUGGGAGUGAAGUCUACUGGACAGACUGGAGGACCAACACAUUGUCCAAAGCCAAUAAGUGGACAGGGCAGAAUGUCAGUGUGAUUCAGAAAACCAGUGCACAGCCAUUUGACCUUCAGAUAUACCAUCCCAGUCGCCAACCACAGGCUCCCAAUCCUUGUGCAGCGAAUGACGGCAAAGGCCCCUGCUCUCACAUGUGUCUAAUCAAUCACAAUCGGAGCGCUGCAUGUGCAUGCCCCCACUUGAUGAAGCUUUCUUCAGACAAGAAGACCUGCUAUGAAAUGAAAAAAUUUCUUCUUUAUGCAAGACGUUCUGAAAUCAGAGGAGUGGAUAUUGACAAUCCAUAUUUUAACUUUAUCACGGCAUUUACAGUUCCUGAUAUUGACGAUGUUACUGUGAUAGACUUCGAUGCAUCUGAGGAACGUUUAUAUUGGACAGAUAUUAAAACACAAACCAUUAAACGAGCUUUUAUUAAUGGAACUGGGUUAGAAACUGUUAUUUCAAGAGAUAUUCAGAGUAUCAGAGGGCUAGCAGUGGAUUGGGUGUCACGUAAUUUAUACUGGAUUAGCUCAGAAUAUGAUGAAACGCAAAUUAAUGUGGCAAGGCUAGAUGGCUCUUUGAAAACCUCAAUUAUCCAUGGAAUCGAUAAGCCACAGUGUCUUGCAGCUCACCCAGUCAGGGGAAAACUCUACUGGACCGACGGAAACACAAUUAACAUGGCAAAUAUGGAUGGCCUUAAUAGCAAGAUUCUGUUUCAGAAUCAGAAGGAGCCAGUUGGUCUAUCGAUAGACUAUGUGGAAAACAAGCUUUAUUGGAUCAGUUCGGGGAAUGGAACCAUAAAUAGAUGCAACCUGGAUGGUGGUAAUUUAGAAGUAAUUGAGUCAAUGAAAGAAGAAUUAACAAAAGCUACAGCCCUAACCAUCAUGGAUAAGAAACUGUGGUGGGCAGACCAAAACUUAGCUCAGCUGGGAACCUGCAGCAAAAGAGACGGAAGAAACCCCACCAUCCUACGGAAUAAAACAUCUGGGGUAGUUCAUAUGAAAGUAUAUGAUAAAGAAGCACAGCAAGGCAGCAAUUCUUGCCAACUAAACAAUGGUGGAUGCUCUCAACUUUGUUUACCCACAUCUGAAACUACAAGGACGUGUAUGUGUACAGUGGGAUAUUAUCUCCAAAAGAACCGCAUGUCAUGUCAAGGUAUAGAAUCAUUUCUUAUGUACUCUGUUCAUGAAGGAAUCAGGGGAAUACCUCUUGAACCAAGUGACAAAAUGGAUGCUUUGAUGCCUAUAUCAGGAACUUCAUUUGCCGUGGGAAUAGAUUUCCAUGCAGAAAAUGAUACCAUCUACUGGACAGACAUGGGCUUCAAUAAAAUUAGCCGCGCUAAAAGAGAUCAGACUUGGAAAGAAGAUAUCAUUACCAAUGGCUUGGGAAGAGUGGAAGGGAUAGCUAUUGACUGGAUUGCUGGUAACAUAUAUUGGACAGAUCAUGGUUUCAACUUAAUUGAAGUUGCAAGACUCAAUGGUUCUUUCCGUUAUGUAAUUAUUUCCCAAGGCCUGGAUCAACCAAGAUCUAUAGCCGUGCACCCAGAGAAAGGCCUCUUGUUCUGGACUGAAUGGGGACAAAUGCCCUGUAUUGGAAAGGCUCGUUUGGAUGGCUCAGAGAAGGUUGUCCUUGUAAGCAUGGGAAUAGCAUGGCCAAAUGGCGUCUCCAUUGACUAUGAGGAAAAUAAAUUGUACUGGUGUGAUGCUCGCACAGACAAGAUAGAGAGAAUCGACCUUGAGACUGGAGGGCAUCGUGAGGUGGUGCUGUCAGGAAGCAAUGUGGAUAUGUUUUCAGUUGCAGUCUUUGGGGCUUACAUCUACUGGUCUGACAGAGCACAUGCAAACGGGUCCGUCAGAAGGGGCCACAAGAAUGAUGCCACAGAAACGAUAACCAUGAGAACUGGCCUUGGAGUCAACCUGAAGGAGGUUAAAAUAUUUAACCGAGUAAGAGAGAAAGGGACCAAUGUUUGUGCCAGGGACAAUGGUGGCUGUAAGCAACUCUGUCUUUAUCGAGGAAAUUCCCAGAGAACUUGUGCUUGUGCCCAUGGAUAUUUGGCAGAAGAUGGAGUUACUUGCCUGAGGCAUGAAGGCUAUUUGCUAUAUUCAGGAAGAACAAUAUUAAAAAGUAUACAUCUUUCUGAUGAAACCAAUUUAAAUUCCCCAAUAAGGCCAUAUGAGAAUCCACAUUAUUUCAAGAAUGUCAUAGCCUUGGCUUUUGACUAUAAUCAAAGAAGAAAAGGUACCAACCGAAUCUUUUACAGUGAUGCACACUUUGGAAAUAUACAGCUUAUUAAAGACAACUGGGAAGACAGACAAGUAAUUGUUGAAAAUGUGGGUUCUGUGGAAGGACUUGCCUAUCACAGAGCCUGGGAUACACUGUACUGGACAAGCUCCACCACCUCAUCCAUCACCAGACACACUGUGGACCAGACUCGACCUGGAGCGUUUGACAAGGAAGCUGUCAUCACCAUGUCAGAGGAUGACCACCCACAUGUGCUAGCCUUGGAUGAAUGUCAAAAUUUAAUGUUUUGGACCAACUGGAAUGAACAACAUCCAAGUAUCAUGAGAUCUACUCUGACUGGGAAGAAUGCUCAAGUGGUGGUCAGUACAGAUAUACUCACUCCAAAUGGACUCACUAUCGACUACCGUGCAGAGAAAUUGUAUUUCUCAGAUGGCAGUCUAGGAAAAAUUGAAAGGUGUGAAUACGAUGGAUCCCAGAGACAUGUGAUAGUUAAGUCUGGGCCAGGGACUUUCCUCAGCUUGGCUGUUUAUGACAAUUAUAUAUUCUGGUCAGACUGGGGAAGAAGAGCUAUCCUGCGAUCCAACAAGUACACAGGAGGAGAUACAAAAAUUCUUCGUUCCGAUAUUCCACAUCAGCCAAUGGGAAUCAUAGCUGUUGCCAAUGACACCAAUAGCUGUGAACUUUCUCCAUGUGCAUUAUUGAAUGGAGGCUGCCAUGACUUGUGCCUUUUAACUCCCAAUGGGAGAGUGAAUUGUUCCUGCAGAGGGGACCGAAUAUUGCUAGAAGACAACAGAUGUGUGACUAAAAAUUCCUCCUGCAACAUUUAUUCGGAGUUUGAAUGUGGAAAUGGUGAGUGCAUUGACUACCAGCUCACCUGUGAUGGCAUUCCUCACUGUAAGGAUAAAUCAGAUGAAAAACUGCUCUACUGUGAAAACAGAAGCUGUCGAAGAGGCUUCAAACCUUGCUAUAAUCGCCGCUGCAUUCCUCAUGGCAAGUUAUGUGAUGGAGAAAAUGACUGUGGAGACAACUCUGAUGAAUUAGAUUGUAAAGUUUCAACCUGUGCUACGGUUGAGUUCCGCUGUGCAGAUGGGACUUGUAUUCCAAGAUCAGCACGAUGCAACCAGAACAUAGAUUGUGCAGAUGCUUCAGAUGAAAAGAACUGCAAUAACACAGACUGUACACAUUUCUAUAAACUUGGAGUGAAAACCACAGGGUUCAUAAGAUGUAAUUCUACCUCACUGUGUGUUCUGCCAACCUGGAUAUGCGAUGGGUCUAAUGACUGUGGAGACUAUUCAGAUGAAUUAAAGUGCCCAGUUCAAAACAAACACAAAUGUGAAGAAAAUUAUUUUAGUUGUCCUAGUGGAAGAUGCAUUUUGACUACCUGGAUAUGUGAUGGUCAGCAAGAUUGUGAGGAUGGACUUGAUGAAUUCCACUGUGAUUCUUCUUGCUCUUGGAACCAAUUUGCUUGUUCUGCACAAAAAUGUAUUUCUAAGCAUUGGAUUUGUGAUGGAGAGGAUGAUUGUGGGGAUGGAUUAGAUGAAAGUGAUAGCAUUUGUGGUGCUGUAACCUGUGCUGCUGACAUGUUCAGCUGCCAGGGCUCUCAUGCCUGCGUGCCCCGACAUUGGCUUUGUGAUGGUGAAAGGGACUGUCCAAACGGAAGCGAUGAGCUUUCCACAGCAGGCUGCGCUCCCAAUAAUACAUGUGAUGAAAAUGCUUUCAUGUGCCAUAACAAAGUAUGCAUUCCCAAGCAAUUUGUUUGUGACCAUGAUGACGACUGUGGAGAUGGCUCUGAUGAGUCACCACAGUGUGGAUACCGACAGUGUGGUACAGAAGAAUUUAGUUGUGCUGAUGGGCGGUGUCUUCUAAAUACUCAAUGGCAGUGUGAUGGAGACUUUGACUGUCCUGACCAUUCUGAUGAAGCACCUUUAAAUCCAAAGUGUAAAAGUGCAGAACAGUCAUGCAACAGUUCAUUUUUUAUGUGCAAAAAUGGCAGGUGCAUUCCCAGUGGAGGUCUUUGCAACAAUAAGGAUGACUGUGGCGAUGGUUCAGAUGAGCGAAACUGCCAUAUAAAUGAAUGUUUGAGUAAGAAAGUCAGUGGAUGUUCUCAAGACUGUCAAGACCUUCCAGUCAGUUAUAAGUGCAAAUGCUGGCCUGGAUUCCAACUGAAGGAUGAUGGCAAAACAUGUGUAGACAUUGAUGAAUGCUCUUCAGGCUUUCCCUGUAGCCAGCAAUGCAUCAAUACAUAUGGGACUUACAAGUGCCUCUGUACAGAUGGGUAUGAAAUACAACCUGAUAACCCCAAUGGCUGCAAAUCACUCUCAGAUGAAGAACCUUUUCUAAUUCUUGCUGAUCAUCAUGAGAUAAGGAAAAUUAGCACUGAUGGCUCCAACUACACACUUUUAAAACAGGGAUUAAACAAUGUUAUUGCUAUAGACUUUGAUUACAGAGAAGAAUUCAUCUAUUGGAUUGAUUCUAGCCGACCCAAUGGCAGUCGCAUAAAUAGAAUGUGUUUAAAUGGAAGUGACAUUAAGGUAGUUCAUAACACAGCGGUCCCCAAUGCACUUGCUGUCGAUUGGAUUGGAAAAAACCUCUAUUGGUCUGACACAGAAAAAAGGAUCAUUGAAGUAUCCAAACUCAAUGGCUUGUACCCUACUAUACUCGUUAGCAAAAAGCUGAAGUUUCCCAGGGACUUGUCUUUAGAUCCUCGAGCUGGGUAUUUGUAUUGGAUUGACUGCUGCGAGUAUCCUCAUAUUGGUCGUGUUGGAAUGGAUGGAACCAAUCAGAGUGUUGUCAUAGAAACCAAGAUUUCUAGACCUAUGGCACUAACAAUAGAUUAUGUUAAUCAUAGACUCUACUGGGCUGAUGAAAAUCACAUUGAAUUUAGCAACAUGGAUGGAUCUCAUAGACACAAAGUCCCUAAUCAAGAUAUUCCAGGGGUGAUUGCACUAACAUUGUUUGAAGACUACAUCUACUGGACUGAUGGGAAAACCAAGUCACUCAGCCGUGCCCAUAAAACAUCGGGAGCAGACAGACUCUCACUGAUUAACUCAUGGCAUGCCAUCACAGAUAUCCAGGUGUAUCAUUCUUAUAGACAACCUGAUGUCUCCAAACAUCUCUGCAUGAUAAAUAAUGGUGGUUGCAGUCAUCUGUGCCUUUUAGCCCCUGGAAAAGCCCAUACUUGUGCAUGUCCCACCAACUUCUAUCUGGCAGCUGAUAAUAGGACUUGCUUAUCCAACUGCACAGCCAGCCAGUUUCGUUGCAAAACUGACAAAUGUAUUCCAUUCUGGUGGAAAUGUGACACUGUGGAUGACUGUGGUGAUGGAUCUGAUGAACCUGAUGACUGUCCUGAAUUUAAAUGUCAGCCAGGCCGAUUUCAGUGUGGGACUGGACUCUGUGCUCUACCAGCUUUCAUCUGUGAUGGAGAGAAUGAUUGUGGAGACAAUUCUGAUGAACUCAACUGUGACACACAUGUCUGCCUGUCAGGUCAAUUCAAGUGUACCAAGAACCAGAAAUGUAUCCCAGUAAACUUAAGAUGUAAUGGGCAAGAUGACUGUGGUGAUGAGGAAGAUGAAAGAGACUGUCCUGAAAACAGCUGUUCUCCAGACUAUUUCCAGUGUAAGACUACGAAACACUGCAUUUCCAAGCUGUGGGUUUGUGAUGAGGAUCCAGACUGUGCAGAUGCAUCAGACGAGGCCAACUGCGAUAAAAAGACUUGUGGACCUCAUGAAUUCCAGUGUAAAAACAACAACUGUAUUCCAGAUCACUGGCGGUGUGAUAGCCAAAAUGACUGCAGUGAUAACUCAGAUGAAGAAAACUGUAAGCCACAGACAUGUACAUUGAAAGAUUUCCUCUGUGCCAAUGGGGACUGUGUUUCUUCAAGGUUUUGGUGUGAUGGAGAUUUUGACUGUGCAGAUGGCUCUGAUGAGAGAAAUUGUGAAAUAAGUUGUUCCAAAGAUCAGUUCCAAUGUUCCAAUGGUCAGUGUAUACCAGCAAAAUGGAAAUGUGAUGGCCAUGAAGACUGUAAAUAUGGGGAAGAUGAGAAAAGCUGUGAGCUAGCUUCUCCUACUUGCUCAUCAAGUGAAUAUAUAUGUGCCAGUGGUGGAUGUAUUUCAGCAUCUUUGAAAUGUAAUGGAGAAUAUGAUUGUGCUGAUGGUUCAGAUGAGAUGGACUGUGUGACUGAAUGUAAGGAAGAUCAGUUUCGGUGCAAAAAUAAAGCCCACUGUAUUCCAAUUAGAUGGCUGUGUGAUGGAAUUCAUGACUGUGUGGAUGGCAGUGAUGAAGAGAACUGUGACAGAGGAGGAAAUAUAUGCAAAGCUGAUGAGUUCCUUUGUAAUAAUUCUCUCUGCAAAUUACAUUUCUGGGUGUGUGAUGGAGAGGACGACUGUGGAGACAACUCUGAUGAAGCCCCUGAUAUGUGUGUCAAAUUUCUUUGUCCAUCCACAAGACCUCACAGAUGCAGAAAUAACAGAAUAUGCCUACAGUCUGAGCAAAUGUGCAAUGGGAUUGAUGACUGCGGGGACAACUCAGAUGAAGAUCACUGUAGUGGUAAGCUGACAUAUAAAGCAAGGCCUUGUAAAAAGGAUGAGUUUGCUUGUAGUAAUAAAAAAUGCAUCCCUAUGGAUCUCCAGUGUGAUCGACUUGAUGACUGUGGAGAUGGUUCGGAUGAGCAAGGAUGCAGAAUAGGUCCUACUGAAUAUACCUGUGAAGAUAAUGUGAAUCCAUGUGGAGACGAUGCAUAUUGUAAUCAAAUAAAAACAUCUGUUUUCUGUCGCUGUAAGCCUGGAUUUCAGAGAAACAUGAAAAACAGACAAUGCGAAGACCUCAAUGAAUGUUUGGUGUUUGGCACAUGUUCCCAUCAAUGUAUAAAUGUGGAAGGAUCAUAUAAAUGUGUGUGUGACCAGAAUUUUCAAGAAAGAAAUAACACCUGCAUAGCAAAAGGCUCUGAAGAUCAAGUUCUCUACAUUGCUAAUGACACUGAUAUCCUGGGUUUUAUAUAUCCAUUCAACUACAGUGGCGAUCAUCAACAAAUUUCUCAUAUUGAACAUAAUUCAAGAAUAACAGGGAUGGAUGUAUAUUAUCAGAGAGAUAUGAUUAUUUGGAGUACUCAGUUUAAUCCAGGCGGAAUUUUCUACAAAAGGAUCCAUGGCAGAGAAAAAAGACAAGCAAACAGUGGCUUGAUUGUAAACGUGUGCCACCACUAUUGUGUGAAUUCUGAAUCAUGUACCAUUGGGGAUGAUGGAAGUGUUGAAUGUGUCUGUCCAACACGCUAUGAAGGACCAAAAUGUGAGGUUGACAAGUGUGUAAGGUGCCAUGGGGGGCACUGCAUUAUAAAUAAAGACAGUGAAGAUAUACUUUGCAACUGCACUAAUGGAAAGAUUGCCUCUAGCUGUCAGUUAUGUGAUGGCUACUGUUACAAUGGUGGCACAUGCCAGCUGGACCCGGAGACAAAUGUACCUGUGUGUCUAUGCUCUACCAACUGGUCAGGCACACAGUGUGAAAGGCCAGCCCCAAAGAGCAGCAAGUCUGAUCACAUCAGCACAAGAAGCAUUGCCAUCAUUGUGCCUCUCGUCCUCUUGGUGACUUUGAUAACCACCUUAGUAAUUGGUUUAGUGCUUUGUAAAAGAAAAAGAAGGACAAAAACAAUUAGAAGACAACCUAUUAUCAAUGGAGGAAUAAAUGUAGAAAUUGGCAAUCCAUCUUAUAACAUGUAUGAGGUAGAUCAUGAUCACAACGAUGGAGGUCUUUUAGAUCCUGGCUUUAUGAUAGACCCAACAAAGGCCAGAUACAUAGGGGGAGGACCCAGUGCUUUCAAGCUUUCACACACAGCGCCGCCCAUCUACCUAAACUCUGAUUUGAAAGGACCACUAACUGCUGGGCCAACAAAUUACUCCAAUCCGGUAUAUGCAAAAUUAUAUAUGGAUGGGCAAAACUGUCGAAACUCCUUAGGAAGUGUUGAUGAAAGGAAAGAACUGCUUCCAAAGAAAAUAGAAAUUGGUAUAAGAGAGACAGUGGCAUAA